AUGCAAGAAGCACUUGCAGUCAUGGCCGCACAAACAGUUCUGUAUUCAACACCCCACCACUCUCUUCUCCCUCUUUCAUUCAGUCCCACCAUUUCCACCACCUCUUCGGCAUCACUCCCACUUACUUCCUCCUUCCACGGCCUCUCUCUCAAAGCCACCACCCGCCUAUACUUGUCCUCCUCGGCCUCCGCCGCACCGAAGCCUCUGGCCGUCGUUUCCUCCGCUACCAAGAAGGCAGUUGCCGUCCUCAAGGGCACCUCCAGCGUCGAAGGCGUUGUCACUCUCACCCAAGAAGCUGAAGGUCCAACUACUGUAAAUGUUCGUGUGACUGGACUUACACCGGGUAAACAUGGAUUUCAUCUAGUGAGUAUUAUUGGUGUUAUUAAAUUUUAA